CUACACGCUACUUCGAACUUUAUUGGCCUUCAUUAUGACUUGAUAAUAAUUGGGCAAAUAACUCUGCGGAACUGGAAAGAACUAUAGUUUUCACUUGGGAAAAGAGACCGAAUAUAUACAAGUAUAAAAAAGGUGCCUAAAUGGACCAUAUCUUAUCCUAGCCUAGCAACCUGCUUCAUCAAUACGGUGCAAACAAAAAUCGUAUCUAAUGGGGAUGGUAUCUGCGAAUUCUAAAAUGACCUCAGCGCCACAAAUAAACGAGGACUCCUUGCAUAAGGAGGGUAAAUAUUUUGAUAAUCACAACCAGAGUAAAGAUAGUGGAAUGUUAGGGGAGUCUAUGAAAGCCCCGGUAGAAGGAGUUCCAAAUAUAAACCCGUCCUCGGGACAUAAACAUAAAAGGCGGAAUAGAAGUUUGGGUAACGUGAAUACAACGGGUGUAAACGGUGACAGAAGAGUGAGCGCCGAUUGGACAGAUAAAGGCGAGAUAGCAAUGAACAAUUGCCCGAGUUUGUCCCCACAUCAUCAUUCUCCAUCGCCAAAAUCGAAUAUAUCUCAAUCGACGCUUCAAUCAAACCAUACACCAACAGAUGGUAAUCUUAGGACGGUGCAAGUUAAAGGGUUAAUCGAUGAUUUGGAUCUAAUAUAGGAUUAUGAGUUGUUCGGUUUUCAUCUAUGUCUACUAUCUGUUCAUACCUUUGAAAAACCGCUCAUGCAUUGGAGAACUAGCUACUUUUGGAAGAAGCGGAAGUUAAUCAUUGUGUGAACAUGGAGUAAAAUAUACACCUAUAUUUUCAGUUUCUUCAUUGACGAAUUAACGCUCAAUUUAGCUUAAUUCAAGGCUU